CCAGUAACCCCCAGCCCUAAGUGAUCAGCUACAAUCAAAAAGCAUCAGCAAGCAGGUCACUGGUCCAACAUGGCCCUGUGGAUGCGAUUCCUGCCCCUGCUGGUCCUGCUCUUCCUCUGGGAGCCCAACCCUGCCCAAGCUUUUGUCAAACAGCACCUUUGUGGAUCCCAUCUGGUGGAAGCUCUCUACCUGGUGUGUGGGGAGCGUGGCUUCUUCUACACACCCAUGUCCCGCCGUGAAGUGGAGGACCCACAAGUGGCACAACUGGAGCUUGGUGGAGGCCCAGGGGCAGGUGACCUUCAGACCUUGGCACUGGAGGUGGCCCAGCAGAAGCGCGGCAUUGUGGAUCAGUGCUGUACCAGCAUCUGCUCCCUCUACCAACUGGAGAACUACUGCAACUAGGCCCACUACUACCCAGCCUACCCCCUCUGCAAUGAAUAAAACCUUCGAAUGAGCACUACAA